AUGCCGCCACCAUCCCUCACCGGCCUGCUCACCCAGCUCCGCGCGCCAAUCUUCAACACCCUCGCGCCCGUCUCAAACGCCCGCACAGGCACAAAGUACCUGCGCCGCCGCCUGCGCGGUCCCGGAAUGAUGGCCUACGUCCGUAAAGGCUUCAGCGUGCCAGCACUCAACGCGUUCGUAAAGUGGAACAAGUACGCCGGCUGGGACCGUCUCGAGCGCCCUGGAGGCAAGCCGAACUACCACCUCUCUCCCGAAGAGGUUGUGCCGGCUGGAUUCUUGGAGGUGCCCCGGCACGCGAAGCCGGGAACAGCGAAUAAGCCAAACGGGUGGAUCGAGAGUGGGGCGGAGAUGGAGCGGUUCGACGAUGUCGCGCGUAGGCGUAAGAUGGGCAAGGGACCUGUCAAGAAGGGCGAGGGCAAGCGCGCCCAGAUGGCCAAGUCCAAGAAGAAGUACUAG